UUUUAAAAUGGCUACGGCUCAGUACUCGACUCACCUAGCCGAACAAUGCUAAAAAUCAGUUGCUCAUUGAAAGGCCAAGUGAGUGGAGUUAAAUAUUUUAUGAUAGUGGAAAAAGAAGAAAAUUUUGUUUGGCGCGCUUUAAUUAAAAGAAAAUAUUAAAAAUAUAUUUAGACUCACUACUCAAUGCAAGUGUCAAAAUAAAUACUGAAUAAUAAGAAGACGCAGAAGAGUAAUACGAAGGAAUUUAAGUAAGAAGAUGUAAUAAAUUAUAAAGACUUGUUGAAAAAAAACUACUAUACAAACCGUAAUUUAACCACUUAAUAAUAAAAACUCUUAACGUAAGAGUGAGCUAGAGAGCGUUUAAUAGAGUGAGAUAAAAUUAGAGUGGAAAACCUAUAAACGAAGAAAAAAAUUGAUUUUCACAAAAUUUACACUUGAAGUAGUAUUUGUUGCAAUUAUUGCAACAACAGCAAUCUAAGUAAAAUCCAAACAAUAACAACCAAUUAUUGAGUAAUUAAGAAACAAGAGUCAAACGAACGUAGACUUUUAAAUCAUGUCUACGGAUGGUUCAACGGCGGGCCAAGUGACUACUAGCAUAGUAGACGAUGGUUCAUCGUCGCAGGGGGCUACUGGUGCAGCUGGCGGUGCUGGCACAAGCGCUGGUGGUAAAUGCCAAAUGCCUUUAACACCACGCUUCACCCAAGAGGAAAAGGACAUUCUUUACAGUUUAUUUCAUCAGCAUGAAGAUGUCAUUGAUAUUAAAUAUCGUAAAAAGAAUCGUUCCAAGUAUUCUGUACGCGAUGCCUGGGAGCAAAUUGUACGCGAUUUUAAUUCACAUCCCAAUGUUAGCGCGAUGCGCAAUCUUAAGCAAAUUCAAAAAUUUUGGUUAAACGCAAGGCUGCGUAAACAAUAUCCUUUUCGUAGCGUUACCCUUAAGCAAGAGCAAAUCUCUGCCGACAGCGGUCAGAAUGGUCAACAAAACGCAAGACAACAACAACAACAACAGCAGCAACAAUUGGUAAAUCAUACCAUUAAAACAGAACCAGAGUUUACUCUUAACGGUGGAGAAGCGAACGACAAUAAUGACCAAAGCGAAUCGUAUGAAGAAAUGGAGAUGGAUGGUAAUGGGGUUACCGAACUGGAGGAAAAUCCUUUAGAAACACAACAACAUCAGCAGCCUCAACAUCAGCAGCUGCAACAAGUGGUGCCUACAACGGCUAUACAUACACAGCAUAUAAAUGUUGAUCAAAUAUCGGCGGACAAAUUAACUUUAACCGAUUUACUGCAUUUUAAAACAGCAAGGCCUAGAGAAGAUAUUAUUUUGCAAAUCAAACAUCCGGGAGAAGCCACCGCAGCACAGAUUACUUUGCCUUCGCCUACACGCAUCACCAUACCCACGCAUCAACAACAGCACACAAUGGCUACUAUUACAGCAAAUGGUUAUAAUCAGCAGAUCAUUAGCGAAAUCAAACCGCAACAGAUAACGCUGGCUCAGUAUCAAGCUCAACAGCAGUUGCAACAACAGCAACAACAACAACAAGUAGCCCAGCAGCAACAAUUAGCUCAGCAGGCACAACUGGCUAUUAUACAGCAGCAGCAACAGCAACAACAAGCAGCCGCAGUAGUUGCGGCAGCCGCCGUUCAACAACAGCAACAUCAACAAGUAAAAAUGCAAUUGCAAACAACGCCUGCUGAAGGUGCCACACAAUUUGCUACCGCUACGCCCACCUUUACUUGCACUACCUUUAGUGCCUUGCCUACAGCAGCAACAGUCAGUACGGGUAAUACUAAUCAUGUGUCAGUAGCUGCAGCCACGGCCCCAACCGUAGCCACAAUUACCACAGCACCUUCCUUAAGCAGUCACAACAACGUUGUAGCGGUAAACAAUGUGAACGCUGUUGCCAAUUCGACGAACACAUCUAACCCUACUCAAGAUCCCUAUGAAGAAAAAAUCAACUAUUUCAAGAUGAAGGAGGCUGAAUUGCGUUACAAAGAACAACAAGUUGCUUUGGAAAAGAAAAAAAUUGAACUGAGCCAUACUCAGGAUCAAUUGAAACAUUUACGAGAAGUUCAUCGCUUGCAAGUAGAAGAGUUAAAGGUUAAAAUACGUAUUUUACAGGAGGAAGAAAAGCAAUUGCUAAAAGCUCAGUCGCCGUUAAGUAGUUAGGGAGCUGGACUCAUUCCCCCUCUCCCACUGAAAAAUUUUUUUCAAUUAUUUUGAUUAACAUUUAAGUAUUAUUGUUAGAAUCGUCACUUCUCCUCCCUCGCACUUGCAGUGUCCUUUUAUCCAUUUUUAUUUAUUUAUGACUUUAGUUAACACGUACAAACACAGUUGUAUGAAAAAAAUGUUUUUUUUUUUUUCAAUUAUUUUGAUCAAGUAUUACUUGGGAAGGUUUAAAAAUAUUAUUGACAGCAUCAGUUAUCCGUUAACACUUCCACAUCACGUUUUUAUCAAUUUUUAUUUAUUUAUACUGCUAGUUAUUAUAUUAAAAUAU